AUGGUCCUCCUUGUCGCGACGGAUCGAAUUCUCGCUGCACUCGAGGUGGUGCCUGCUUCGCGGCGUCGCGAGCUUGAGCUUCCUGCGACGCUGGAGGUUAAUGGGCCGAUCGCGCACGACCAGAUCCUCCGCUUGUCGAAGCACCUCCAGGCCAAUGCCGAAUAUCAUGCGACACAGGACACAAGUCGCAGCCCUACAGUACUAAGUAGUCUCCUACGCGGCACGAGAGUCUACGUGCCACCUCCGCCGAAGAAGCCAGAGCCUAGCCCUGAAUACCUCGCAUCCAAAGCCCGUCUCCUCGCCGCCGAAGAAAAAGCCGCAUACCAGCGCCUCCUCAACCCAAGCUAUACUCCUAAUCCAAAUGACGCGGACAGACACACUGCGACCAGCGAUGAGAGCAUCACUGAAGACACGCUCACGCCAUCAUUGGUGUUUAACAUCUUUAUCUCGGUGCUGGUCACCGGAUUCAGCACGUAUUGGGCAUUGACCAAGUUUACCAUGCCGAAUGUUCUAGCGAAUAUGUUCUCUUCUGCAACAGGGCCGAAAACUGAUGUCUUUUCGGAAGAGCAAGCGACUGGCGGCGCCUCGGCGGCUGUCAAGGUCCUGUUGUCGCUAUUCGCUGCGUUGACGGUCGCUGUUGCUGAGUCGUUCUUGUAUGUGGCGUAUGUGGGCAAGAUUGAAAGAGCUCGAGUGCAGGAGAGAAAGUUCAAGGAGAAGAAGAUUGUUGUUGGGGAGGUACAGGAAAAUGGACAGAUUGGAAUCACUGAAGAGCACGAGGAGGUUGAAAUUUGGGGUAAAGGCGUGAAUGGAGGUGUAAGACGAAGAGUCAGAGAAAAGUACGAGAAGGAAAAAGAGCAGUCAUGA